AUGCGUCUGCCCGAGUCUCCUUUAUUGACUCCUCUGAGGCGAUGCUAUAAUGUUCCUCAAUGUCAAAUCGUACGUCUACGUCGGCGAAACAUUCUGGGGGCUUGUACUAGAGCAUAUAGCUACCAAGCACGCCCACAAUUACACAUUCGCGAACGAUCAAAGUCUCUGUUGAGAUACUAUAGCAGCCAUGUUCCAUCCGAUACUCAAACCAGGAAGUCUGCGGAAGUUAUAUCAGAGGAUAAUAGCUCAGAAGAAUGGAAGGAACCUAGUGUCGCGGUUCUUGGCGGUGGAAUUACGGGUCUGGCAACAGCAUACUAUCUCACCCAAAUGGCACCACAUCUGAAGGUUACAUUGUAUGAGAGUAGUGAGAGACUGGGAGGGUGGCUACGGACAAAAUAUAUUGACGUGGGAGAUGGUGAAGUUGUGUUUGAACAAGGGCCGAGGACUUUAAGACCGAACACGCCUGCGGGAUUUGUUGCUCUAAACUUGAUCAGGGACCUUGGUCUGUCUGACCAGGUGAUUAAAACCAACAAAAUGUCUGCCGCCGCCUUGAAUCGCUUCAUCUAUUAUCCCGAUCGGCUUGUGUGCAUGCCCGAGCCUAGCCAAGGGGUUUACGCCAUUGCCUGGAAAAUGUUGACAGAACCAGUUUUCAAAGGAAUGUACAGGUUACUUUUCGAAUAUAAGAGGCCACGAAGACCAACAGGAUUGGAUGAUGAAUCAGUAGGAUCAUUUCUGGCCAGGCGAACAGGAGGGACAGACAUUCCAGACAAUCUAGUGUCAGCUGUAUUUCAUGGUAUCUAUGCUGGGGAUAUCUACAAACUGAGUGCAAAAAGUAUAAUACCCACCCAGUGGGGAAUGGAGGGGGCAUUUGGAAGCAUCAGUGCAGGAAUGUCUCAAAUGGCAAAAUUCAAGAAUGCGACAGCUGAAGAUCCAGACUUAGAGGAAAAGGAGAAGAGUGCAUUCACGGACAAUGAGAGGGCAAUUGUCAACGAAACAAGUGUCUAUACUUUCCGCAGAGGGAUUGGUACACUAUCUGAAGCACUGGACUCCUCUCUAAGGAAUAAUCCUAAUGUGAAAAUCAAGCUGGGCGAGGACGUGAGGAAAAUCGAGUACGAUGGACGAAGUGAAGGCAUCAUGAUCUACACAACUCAGGCUGGCGAAUCAUCCACCAACCAUUCUUACGUUAUUUCUACCUUGUCAGGCCGCACUCUCUCUACACUAACUACCUCUUCAGAUGAUUCUUUAAUCCCUUCACUUGCAAAAACAGAGGCUGUGACGGUCAUGGUUGUUAAUCUCUACUACCGGGAAGAAGAUCUCAUUCCGGAGCGCGGCUUCGGAUACCUAAUCCCACGAUCCAUUCCUUUUGAGCAGAAUCCAGAAUUUGCUCUUGGUGUAAUAUUUGAUUCAGACGCAACAGUUGGUCAAGAUACUGUUCCAGGGACCAAAUUCACCGUCAUGCUAGGUGGCCAUUGGUGGAACGACUUCGAAACAUAUCCUAGUGAGGAAGAGGGUGCUGCUAUGGCAAAAGCCGUUCUCAAACGACAUCUGAAGAUCAACCAAGAACCAGAGAUGGUACAUGCAUCUUUGCAGAAAGAUUGUAUUCCUCAAUAUACUGUGGGUCAUGAACAGAGACUGAAACAAGCGCAUUAUGAGUUGUUAAGCGCAUACAAGGGAAAACUGGCAGUGGCUGGAAAUUCAUACACUGGCGUGGGCGUAAAUGAUUGCAUCAAGGCUGCCAAAGUCGUGGCAGGCGAUGUUGCACGUGGGAAUGAUGUUACGGGACUGGAGAAGUUCACUGAACAAAAAUGGUGGGAGAAAAUGAUCAAGCGAGAACAAUAA